AUGCCUUCGGUUCUAGAUGCUGCAAAGGCCAAAGUCACCGGUGCUGAUGUACCUGGCGAGGGUCCCACGCCACUACGAAGAUCAGGAACUUCACAUGUCAAUCACAACACUAACGGAUUUUCUGUACCGCAACCCCUCGCUCAAAUUCGAGUACCGUAUGCCAAAAAGAAAUAUCGUCAUGUAGCAGCUGCGCAUAGAGAAGCACAAUCCUCAUGUCUCAGUCAUGAUUCGAAUGCAAGCCCCAGUUUCCUGGGCUUCAGGAAUUUGAUGAUCAUCGUACUCGUUGUUGGAAAUUUGCGAUUGAUGAUUGAGAACAUCAAAAAGUACGGUGUUCUGAUUUGCAUUCGCUGCCAUGAUUAUCGACAACAAGACCUUGUCCUCGGGGCAGCCCUUUACUUUCUUAUUCCAUGCCAUCUCUUCGUCGCAUACGUUAUCGAAAUGACGGCUGCGCAACAAGCGAGAGUCCUAUUAAGAACAGGCAGGAAGAGAAGUGGGACAGCAACCCCAGGUGGAAGCUAUCAACCUUCAGAUGAAGAACUUCGAAGAUUCAAUUCGACUUGGAAGACCGUGGCCUGGGUGCAUGGCCUGAACAUCACCUUUUGCUUGCUCAUCACUUCCGUUGUCGUCUACUUCUUCGUACACCACCCUUUGAUUGGAACUCUGAGCGAGGUUCAUGCUAUUAUUGUAUGGUUGAAGACAUAUUCGUACGCUUUUACGAACAGGGACCUCCGGCAUGCGUAUCUGCAUCCCUCGAAUCGUGAAGAAGAUGCUCUGCCAGAAAUAUACAGCAAAUGUCCCUACCCACAGAACAUUACGCUGGGCAACCUAACUUACUUCUGGUGGGCUCCAACUAUGGUAUAUCAGCCAGUAUAUCCUCGAUCGCCAAAGAUAAGAUGGGUCUUCGUGAUUAAGCGUAUGGCAGAAGUUUUUGCGCUGAAUGUGUUUAUGUGGGUAGCUAGCGCUCAGUACGCAGCCCCAGUGUUACGAAAUUCUCUCGACAAAAUGGCAUCCUUGGAUUUCUCCGCAGUUCUGGAGCGACUAAUGAAGUUAUCGACAAUCAGUCUGGUAAUCUGGCUCGCGGGCUUCUUCGCAUUAUUCCAAUCGUUCUUGAACGCCUUAGCUGAAGUGAUGAGAUUCGGCGACAGAGAGUUUUACACUGAUUGGUGGAACAGCCCCAGCGUAGGAGCAUACUGGAGAACGUGGAAUAAACCUGUCUAUCAGUUCAUGAAAAGACAUGUUUUUUCACCUCUUGUCGGUAGAGGCUGGAGCUCCGGCCAAGCAAGCAUUGCUGUCUUUCUUUUUUCGGGAGUGCUUCAUGAGCUUCUUGUGGGUAUACCAACACAUAAUAUCAUUGGGGUGGCUUUCUUGGGAAUGGUCGGCCAGUUACCAAUGAUCGCAAUCACGCAGCCAUUGGAGAAAAUGCAAGGUAUCAACGGGAAGAUUUUAGGCAAUGUCAUAUUUUGGGUAUCUUUCACACUCGUAGGGCAGCCUCUCGCAGCCCUUCUAUACUUUUACGCCUGGCAAGCCAAAUAUGGCAGCGUCAGUCAGGUUACAACUAAAACAUAG